GACGAAUAUUCCAAGUUCCUGUAUGAGUGUAUCAAGGACUCCAGUGGGAUAGAAUUCUCAAGCUCGUGCGCAAAAUAGUGACAUCAAUCCAGUGCUACAGUGAAGUUAGUUCUCCGACCAAGCUAUGUUGCAAACUACAGGACUUGACGCAGCGGCGUAUAUUUUUUUAGGAUUCGUUCAUAAUAUAUAUUUGCCCAAUAUAAUUAUUAGUCAAGGAAACCGCACUUGUAACGAUAAAAAAGAAGAAUUCAUGGUCGCUAUAAAUGGAUGUUUUAUUAAUGAAACAGGUCGUAGCGAAUUUAAUAUGCAUGGUUACCCAAAUCCUUACAAAUCAGUACUGAAGAAAUGUUCUGUAAUGCCUCAGUUAAAUGAAUGCUUUAACAGUCGUAUAUCAAUAUAUCAAGAUUGUUUAAAUUCCACGCACCGUAAUGGAAUUGAAGUAUGGAAAAACAUAGAUAAGGAAGUUACUGCAUACGUAUGCAACGAUAAUGCUCAAAUCGCAAAGGAUCUCUUUGAUAAAAGUGACCGAAGCUGUUAUAAUAAAGGAAUUAGUGAUCUAGUGAACAAAUGCUUUUUAAAUUAUAAUAAUCCUCUACCUCUUUACGAUAUUGAAGGAAUUAGCAAACAGUGCAGUCAACUGGAAGAUGUAGAAUCUUGUUUUGAAAACAAUGAACCGUUGAAUUGCUAUCAAAAUGUGUCCACGAAGGUAUCAAAAAAAAUAAUAGGAAUACUUAAAUCUUAUAUAUGCAAAAACAAUUAAUUCGUGUUUUAUUACCAUUUAUUUUUUUUUCUCGUGUUACAUUUUCAAUAAAUUGCAUAUUGUAUUUUGUUACCUUUUU